AUGAAUAUAGAUCCAAAUGUAUCAAUAGAGGAACUUCAAGAACAAGUGAAUGAAUAUAAGAAAAAGUUGAUUAUAGAUCCUAAGUUGGAUGUCGGACUGUCGGUUUCGUUUAUAAAGAAUAUACCACCACACGAUACGAUGGGUGCUGCCCUGAUGAAUUCGUGUAUUACACAUGCAGUGCGUGGUGGUGUUAUGGGUGGUGCUCUAGGUUUCAUGUUUGGUGCGCUGUUCUCUGCGAACAGUAUGGGUGGAAUGGGUCUGGCCAACCCGGACAUCAUAGGAAGCGGUGCAGGACAGGCAACGGCCGCUGGCACACCCAUUUGGAAGCAGGUUGCAGAGGGAUUCAAAGAUCAAGGUAGAAACGGUUGGCGUAGUGCCAAAUCGUUCGCUUACAUCACUCUGAUAUACAGUGGUGUAGAGUGUGUCAUAGAGAAGGCAAGAGGAAGAUCAGAUAAAAAGAACUCACUUUACGCUGGUUGUGUUACCGGUGGUGUAUUAGCAAGUAAAGCUGGACCAAAAGCAGCAGCCGGUGGAUGUGUAGGUUUUGCAUUGUUUGGAGCAAUGAUGGAUCAUUUUAUGAGUCACGAUUAA